AUGGGACUAAGGCGAAUUAGGUAUAGGCUAUUGCUUACGUUAUUUGUGAUAUGUAUCAUCGCUUUUACUGCAAGGCUAUUGGAUUACUUCAAAACUACCCAUUCCGAAUGGAGUUUUCUAAAUUUAGUGUCAUCAGGGCCAAAUAGAUUCUACACAGCUAACCUGGAAGCUCCUGACUUUUGGAGCAAGGUUUUUAAAGUAUUUGAGGUUAACAAAUUGCAAUUGCCGCUUGAAAAUUUGGAUGAUGCUAUUAGGUAUAUCGAUAAAUCCCAACAAAAGGAUGGGCCAAGCACGAAAGAAAACUUGUUAUCCAAGGCUUAUAUACCAGAGGAAGUACAAUUGGAAUUGAAACAGAAGCAUUUUAAGGUAAUGAACGAACUUCCCUCAGAGAUCCCGAAAGCGUUGUAUAAAAAGGAUAUGUGUGGUGUUGUGUUAGUUGGAGGAGGAAGAUUCUCUUGGCUUGCUUAUCUUGCUCUCUUGUCGCUUAGACGAUCAGGCUCCCGUAUUCCAGCUGAGGUGGUGAUGCCUAAGCUCGCAGACUAUGAAAACGAGUUAGAAUUCUGUAAGGUCGUCCUUCCGAAAUUAAAUGCAGAAUGUGUUGUAAUUCCAGAAGAACUCGGCUCAGUUGUGACCAUGAACUGGGCGAAAAAUUUAGCAUCCUACCAGUUCAAGAUUCUUGCAUUGCUAGUCUCAUCAUUUCAAAACGUUCUUCUUUUAGAUUCUGAUAAUAUAAUAAUUGAAAAUCCGGACUCCAUUUUUGAGAGCGACUUAUUUCAUAAUUAUGGAAUGAUAACGUGGUCAGACUAUUGGUCACGUACUAUAAGCCCUAUAUUUUACGAUGUUCUGGGAAUAAAAGUAAAUGAAAAGAAGAGAGUCAGAUAUAACAGGUUUCCGCUACGUGUUCCACCAGAUGUUACAGAUAGCAUACCAGAUAGUAACUCAGUUCCUUAUCAUGAUUUGGAGGGUGCAAUUCCUGACUUAUCUACCGAAUCUGGCCAGCUUUUUGUAAACAAGCUUACCCAUGGAAAAACAUUGCUUUUAGCUUUGUAUUAUAAUUUGAACGGCCCUAAUGUGUUUUACAAAUUGUUUUCAUUGGGUGAACAGGGUGCUGGAGAUAAGGAUACUUUUGCAGCGGCGGCAGUAGCGACGAGUCAAAAAUAUUAUCAGGUUAAUUCUUUUAUUAAGACCUUAGGCUAUUUUGACAACAAUGGUAAUUACAGAGGAGUUGCUAUGGCUCAGAAAGAUCCUUUAGUCGACUAUGCCUUUUAUGAGCAACUUGUUUUAAAGCCCCAAAUUUCAAAAGAAAACAUAGAUAUGACUUUGGAAGAUCAGUUUGAAAGGCUCGAAAUAUUAAAGAAAGAAAAAUUUGACUCUAACAACAAUGUUCCCAUCUUUUGUAUCCAUUGUAACUUUCCCAAAUUGGACCCACUUGAAUUAUUCGGAGAGGACUCUUUAUAUGAUGCAGAGAAACGUAGGCUAAAAUACAGACUCUAUGGAGGUAUUAAAAUUGAACUGAAGUUUCAGUCCCUGGAUCUAGAGGGUGCUGAAAAUAAAGAGGUCGAUUUUGAACUUCAACAAUGGGAAAUGAUGUACAAGUCACUAUGCAAAGACAAAAUUCAUUUUACUCAUUUCAAAGACACCAAUAUGGAUGAACUUUGUCAAAAAAUAACAAACGAAAUACAAUGGCUAGCUGAAACUUAA